UUCAAGGCUAGGAUGCGGGAAAUCGUGCACAUUCAGAUUGGCCAGUGUGGCAACCAAAUCGGAUCCAAGUUCUGGGAGGUUAUCGGAGAAGAACAUGGGAUUGACUGCACUGGGAGUGACCGUGGGGCUUCUGCUCUGCAACUGGAGAGGAUCAGCGUGUACUACAACGAAGCCUACGGUAAGAAGUAUGUGCCCCGAGCUGUGCUUGUGGACCUGGAACCCGGGACGAUGGACAGCAUCCGAUCCAGCAGAUUAGGAGCUCUCUUUCAGCCUGACAGUUUUGUUCAUGGUAACUCAGGAGCUGGUAACAACUGGGCCAAGGGCCACUACACAGAGGGAGCAGAGCUGAUCGAGAAUGUCAUGGAUGUGGUGAGGAGGGAGAGCGAGAGCUGCGACUGCCUGCAGGGUUUCCAGAUCGUGCACUCUCUGGGUGGGGGUACUGGCUCAGGCAUGGGCACUUUGCUCAUGAACAAGAUCAGAGAGGAAUACCCAGAUCGGAUCCUGAAUUCCUUUAGCGUCAUGCCAUCUCCCAAGGUGUCAGACACGGUGGUAGAGCCCUACAAUGCCGUGCUGUCUAUUCACCAGCUGAUUGAGAACACAGAUGCCUGUUUCUGCAUCGACAAUGAGGCACUCUAUGAUAUUUGCUUCCGCACCCUGAGGCUGACGACACCCACCUAUGGGGAUCUCAACCACCUGGUGUCCUUGACCAUGAGUGGCAUCACUACCUCACUACGCUUUCCUGGCCAGCUCAAUGCAGACCUGCGCAAGCUGGCAGUGAAUAUGGUGCCCUUUCCACGUCUUCACUUCUUUAUGCCUGGCUUCGCUCCACUCACGGCCCAGGGGAGCCAGCAGUACCGAGCCCUCUCAGUGGCUGAGCUCACCCAACAGAUGUUUGAUGCCCGCAACAUCAUGGCUGCCUGUGAUCCUCGCCGGGGUCGCUACCUGACUGUGGCCUGUAUCUUCCGGGGUAAGAUGUCCACUAAGGAAGUGGACCAACAGCUGCUGUCCGUGCAGACAAGGAAUAGCAACUGCUUCGUGGAAUGGAUUCCCAACAAUGUCAAGGUGGCCGUGUGUGACAUCCCACCCCGGGGGCUGAACAUGGCAGCUACCUUCCUAGGUAACAAUACAGCUAUCCAAGAGCUCUUCACCAGGGUGUCUGAGCACUUCUCAGCCAUGUUCAGAAGGAGAGCUUUUGUGCACUGGUACACAAGCGAAGGGAUGGAUGUAAGUGAAUUUGGGGAAGCUGAAGGUGACAUCCACGACCUGGUGUCUGAGUACCAACAAUUUCAAGAUGUCAAAGCAGAGCUGGAGGAAGGUGAAGACGACAGGGAAGAGGAGGCAGAAACAGAGACAGAAGAUAAAGAGCAUUAGCCAGGAGAGAAGCUAAAGGGCAGCCAUUUUCAGAAAUUUCUCCAAAGAUUGUCCUGAAGUCCUUGGCACAGCCAAGGGGUGGGAUUACAGGUGUAUGUGGUGAUGAUGGUUGGGAGUGGCAAGACCUUUACCCACAGUUACUAGCCAGGGCUCAACAGCCAUUGCAUGAUUUUUCUUCUUCUUUUUAAAUAGCAAGUAAAUCUACUGUAGUGAGCCCCAUUUAGUUUUCACUAACUGUAGGUAGACAUCCAGAUGAAGUGUGUGAGUUUGCCAGGAGUCCUUUGCAGCUGAUGGCCCCUCUUCAACCCUUUAGCAUUGCUGGGUACCAGUAACUAGAGCAGCUAAGAAGCCUCACUGGGUCCCUCUUUCACAAAGCCAGCAAAGCCGGGUGUCUGAAGAGUGUGUGGGAGGUUCAGGGCCAA